GUAGUAAAUAAAAAUAAAAUCGUGCAAAAUCGAAACCAUCAUUGAAACAUAAAAAAAACCACUACAACAACAAACAAAAGUUUUAAGCUUACAACCACUACUUACAACCACCACAGCAGCAAUAAACUACAAAAAAUAAAAAAAUAAAAAUAAAAUCACAACAGCAGUAAACAGCAACAACAAUAGCGAAACCGAUUUUGCAGAACAACUACAAAAUAUCUACCGGUGUUGAGCGCGCUAUACGGCAAAAAUAUACAAAUAAGUCUACGGCAAUUGAGCGUUGCAGCCAUAAAUAGUUAAUUUUCCACGGAUUCACAACCAGCGGAGAGUCGAAAUAUGUACGUGUCGCAUGCGGUGCGUUGAGGAAAUCUAUGGAAAAGUCAACAGCAAUAACAAUUGUGAACACGCUUGCGGACAAGUUCAAAAGCAGCUGAGGUUUGAUUAAGCGUUUUUGAGUGAAUUUUAACAAAAUCCAAAUCCAAAUCCGAACCAACUCCCCCAAAGAUAACCUGCAAAAAAAAAAAAAUUAACCCGUACAAAUAAAGAAGAUACUCACCUCAUACCAAUACCAUCACCAUAAUUUCACCACAGUAAAUAGCAACAAACACAAAAUAGAAACAGUAUAGGAAGAAAAAAAUGGGCAAAGAUUAUUAUAAAAUACUGGGCCUGCCGAAAACUGCCAGCGAAGAUGAAAUCAAGAAAGCUUACAGAAAACUAGCAUUACGUUAUCAUCCGGAUAAGAAUAAAGCCGCUAAUGCGGAGGAGAAAUUCAAAGAGGUUGCCGAGGCCUACGAAGUGCUCUCCGAUAAGAGUAAACGUGAGGUUUACGACAAAUACGGCGAAGAGGGUCUAAAGAGUGGAGGCACUCGCAAUGGCUCCACCGGCAAUAAUACUUUCACAUAUCAGUUCCAUGGUGAUCCACGGGCAACCUUCGCACAAUUCUUCGGUUCGAGCAAUCCCUUUGCGUCCUUCUUCGAUAUGGGCGAUAAUCUAUUCGAUAAGAAUGUAUUCGAUUUAGAUACCGAACAUGAUUUCUUCUCAUCGCCAUUCGGUGGCUUGGGUUCACGGCAUGGACUCGGCAGUGGGUUUAGACCUUCCUUUAGGUCACAUUCGUUCAAUGUGCAUACACCAUUCAAAAAAGAGAAACAACAAGACCCACCCGUCGAACAUGAUCUCUACGUAACAUUAGAGGAAAUCUAUAGUGGUUGUGUGAAAAAGAUGAAAAUAUCACGAAGAGUCGUACAAGCGGAUGGAUCGUCGAGAAAAGAGGAUAAAUAUGUGAGCAUAUCGAUUAAGCCGGGCUGGAAGUCCGGUACGAAGGUGACAUUUCAAAAGGAAGGCGAUCAAGCGCCCGGCAAGAUACCAGCGGAUAUUGUAUUCAUCAUCAGGGAUAAACCACAUGCGAUGUUUAAGCGUGAGGGUAGCGAUUUGCGGUAUACAGCGCGUUUAACGCUCAAACAGGCUCUCUGCGGUGUGGUCUUCCAAGUUCCUACAAUGUCCGGCGAUCGUUUGCGUAUUAGCACCAUGCAGGAGAUUAUCAAACCGAACACGGUGAAGCGUAUACAAGGCUACGGUCUGCCCUUCCCUAAGGAUACAACGCGAAAGGGUGAUCUAUUGGUCGCAUUCGAUAUACAAUUCCCCGACAAGUUGACACUCUCCCAAAAAGAAUUGAUCAGGGAUAUAUUUGUUGAUAAAUAGCAUGAGGCGGGUGCGGAGGGGGUUAAGGAGAGUGUAGAUUAUGUGGGUAAAUUAGU